UGUCAAUGUCAUAAUAAUCAUACCAUCACGUCACAUUUAACAUUGUGUUUCACAAUUCUAAAUUGUUCACAUUGUUACAGUCAGUGUUUCGAUUACAUAUAAUUUUGUGUACUUCCAUGUUCUUUUGGAUUUGAAACUUGAAUUGAGCCAUGAAGCAUAAACUUGGACGCAGGAGCUGGCUUGUGCUUUAGUUUUGAUGCAGUGAGUUUGAACAACAGUGACCCAUGGAAUUAGAGAGUUUUUAGAAAAUUUUACUUGCUGAUCGCAAUAGAAAGUUUUUAAAGGAUUCGUUCUCGCGUCCUCUUAAAUGAAUUAUUCAGAGCACCGUAAUAUAAAAUAAACAAUGUCUUAUUAAGAAACUACACGCGCGUUUAAAAUCAAAAUGUUACAAGACGAUUUACAAAGUUUCGUGCAGAAUCUUUAUAAAUAUUUAGUGUCCGAGGAAGAAUGUACCAUGGGCAUGUUAGUGAAGAAACACUCCACUAAGUUACAGACGCAAGGUGACUUCAGUUUUCUCAACACUGCGACGGCGUGGCAAGAGUUUUUGUGCGAUGAACAGUUGCAACGUAUCGACGGUACACUGUUGAAAUGCGUUGACAAAGAUAUUGCAGAUUUGAUCAAAACUUCAAAAGAUUGGCCCAUACGGAUAGAGAAAGCUGUAGAAGUUAAAAACCGAAUACAUUUAUUUCUCGACAGACAACGCGCAAUUCGUGCGGCAUUUCAAAGCGCUAUAAAUAACCAUGCAGAAAUUUUAAAAAUAAUAAGCACUGAUACUACAGUUGUGAAAAUCGAUCCUUACUGCAUAAAUACUAAUUGUAUAACAUAUCUACGGUUGAAAUGUACAAGCGAAGUUUUGAAAAACUUAUACCUUAUUCGAUCUUACCCUAAAAUACAGAAUUUAAUCAUCGUUGUGACAUGGAGGUCCAGCUACAAGUAUUUGGGAAGUGAUAUGGCAUCACUUGAUGUACAAUCUGUAUUUUGUGGCACAGUACUUAAUGCUAGGACUUGCUUGAAAGAAAAAUCUGUAACUGCAUCAGAAUAUAUAAGACUAAGGCAGGAUGAGUUAACUCUUAUUGCACAGCACAAAUAUGGUUUGAGGGUAUCAACUGAGGAGAAAUGGAAGGAUUUUAUAGCUUAUCUUGGAGAAUCUGCAGUGGCAUUUGAACUUUUGCAGACCAAGUGUUCUAGUCCUGUUAAAAUACAGUUUGAUGCAUCUGGAGGUUCAAGUAAAGGAGCCGCUUUCAUUCUGUACAAUGGUGCAAGAUUGGAAAGCAUAAUAAGGACUUUUGAAGAGAAAGUUGCUGAAGGAAGUUACCCAUCACUUCCUAGUUUAGAAAAUACAGACUUAUCGUUAUUAACAGAUGAGGAUGAAUGGUCGCUGAUAUUUACGUACAUUAUGGGCCUUCCAUCGCUUCUGGACAGUAGCGUUUGUGUGGACGAAAGUACGUUGGUGCGACGACAUGACGACAGAGUUCAUGAGUUCCGACCGCAUCUCAUUUGCAAGUUCCUCAGCAACAUGGUGAAACGGUUCAGUCAGUACUACCGAAGAGUGAGGAUUUUAACAGAACCCCGCCAGCACCUCCUGCCGGUCCUCUACGCUCGAAUUCACAUGUUAACAAUAUUAAACAACACAUUAAAAUUAUGUUUAAGAAUAUUAAAUAUUAAAAGCGUUUCACAAAUGUAUAUAAAAAUGAUAACUGAUAAUUUGAUAACACGAUGA